UUCAAUUAGCACAGAGCAAUUGUUCACCCAUUAAGCUCUCAAGAGAAACUGGUUGAAAAAAUGGCUUCAAAGGGUGCUACAUUAGUUACCCUUUUCUUUUCCCUUAACUUCUUUUUCUUUUUCAUUGUUAGUGGUCAUGAUCCUAAUACACCAUCGCCACCAUGGCAACAAUCAGAAUCACGAUCACGACCACGAUCAUCACCACCACCACCGCCACCGCCAUCACGAUCAAGACCACAACCACCACCCCCACCACCACGAUCACGACUAAGAUCCCCUCCACCCCCGCCACCACGAUCACGACUAAAAUCACCUCCACCCCCACCACCACGAUCACGACUAAGAUCCCCUCCACCCCCGCCACCACGAUCACGACUAAAAUCACCUCCACCCCCACCACCACGGUCACCUCCACCCCCACCACCACGAUCACGAUCAUCUCCACCCCCACCACCACGAUCACGACCACCGCCACCACCACGAUCACGAUCACCUCCACCCCCACCUCCACCCCCACCGCCACCACCACGAUCACGAUCACCUCCACCCCCACCACCACGAUCACGACCACCGCCACCACCACCUCAUGUAUCUAAAGAACCACCACCACCUCCAUUCCUUGUCACAACACCACCUCCACCUAAAUCACCAUUAUUGCCACCCCCUAUCUCACCACCAUUCUCAUCGCCACCUAUCUCACCACCAUUGUUGCCUCCUGUAUCACCGCCAUUCAUAUUGUCACCACCUAUCUCACCACCAUUGCCAUCAUCUAUCUCACCACCAUUAUCACCUCCUAUCUCACCACCAUUAUUGCCACCUAUCUCACCACCAUUGUCACCUCCUGCCUCACCACCAUUCUUAUUGCCACCUAUCUCACCGACAUUGCCACCAUUGUCGCCUCCUACCUCACCACCAUUCCCAUUGCCACCAUAUGUCUCACCACCAUUGUCAUUACCACCACUUAUCUCACCACCAUUGUUGCCUCCUGUAUCACCACCAUCAUCGUCACCCCCUGCCUCACCACCAUUGUUGCCACCCUCUGCCACACCACCUGUCUCACCACCAUUGUUACCACCCUCUGCCACACCACCAUUAUUGCCUCCUAUAUCACCACCGUUAUCGCCACCCCUAGCAACACCACCGUUGUUGCCUCCUAUCUCACCACCAUCAUUGUCACCCCCUGCCUCACCACCAUUGUUGCCACCUGUCUCACCACCAUUGUUACCACCCUCUGCCACACCACCAUUGUUGCCUCCUAUAUCACCACCGUUAUCACCACCCCCAGCAACACCACCGUUGUUGCCUCCAAUCUCACCACCAUUAUCGUCACCCCCUGCCUCACCACCAUUGUUACCACCCUCUGCCACACCACCAUUGUCACCACCUGUCUCACCACCAUUGUUACCACCCUCUGCCACACCACCAUUGUUGCCUCCUAUAUCACCACCGAUAUUGCCACCCCUAGCAACACCACCGUUGUUGCCUCCUAUCUCACCACCAUCAUUGCCACCCCCUGCCUCACCACCAUUGUUGCCACCUGUCUCACCACCAUUGUUACCACCCUCUACCACACCACCAUUGUUGCCUCCUAUAUCACCUCCGUUAUCACCACCCCCAGUAACACCACCGUUGUUGCCUCCUAUCUCACCACCAUUAUCGUCACCCUCUGCCUCACCACCAUUGUUACCACCCUCUGUCACACCACCAUUGUCACCACCUUUGUUACCACCCUCUACCACACCACCAUUAUUGCCUCCUAUAUCACCACCAUUAUUGCCACCCCUAGCAACACCACCAUUAUUGCCUCCUGUCUCACCACCAUCAUUGUCACCCCCUACCUCACCACCAUUGUUGCCACCUGUCUCACCACCAUUGUUACCACCCUCUGCCACACCACCAUUGUUGCCUCCUAUAUCACCACCGUUAUCACCACCCCCAGCAACACCACCGUUGUUGCCUCCUAUCUCACCACCAUCAUUGUCACCCCCUACCUCACCACCAUUGUUAUCACCCUCUGCCACACCACCCUUGUUGCCUCCCAUCUCACCACCGUUGCCACCACCCAGUGUCUCUCCACCUUUGUCACCACCUCCUAUCUCUCCACCAUUGUUGCCUCCCAUCUCACCUCCAUUACCUCCACCCCCUAUCUCACCAUCAUUGCCUCCUCCUGUCUCACCACCAUUGCCACUUCCUGUCUCACCAUCACCGCCACCCCCACCUCCAUCUCCUCGCCCACCACCCCCUGUCUCACCAUCACCCCCACCUCCACCUCCAUCUCCUCCCCCACCACCCCCUGUCUCACCAUCACCCCCACCUCCACCUCCAUCUCCUCCCCCACCACCCCCUACUUCACCAUCGCCUCCACCCCCACCCCCAUCUCCUCGCCCACCACCCCCACCCCCACCUCCAUCUCCAUCGCCUCCACCCCCACCCCCAUCUCCUCGCCCACCACCCCCACCUCCACCUCCAUCUCCAUCGCCUCCCCCACCACCCCCUACCUUACUAUCGCCGCCACCCCCACCACCACCCCCAUCUCCUCGCCUACCACCCCCACCUCCACCUCGAUCUCCAUCGCCUCCCCCACCACCCCCUACCUCACCAUCGCCGCCACCCCCACCCCCAUCUCCUCGCCCACCACCCCCACCCCCACCUCCAUCUCCAUCUCCUCCCCCACCACCCCCUACCUUACGAUCACCGCCACCCCCACCCCCACCACCUACUUGUCCUAAUUUGGAAAUUUGCUUCAAUGUGCGGUUAUCGAUUCCAUUACCUGGGAAUAUUAGUGGUUGUUGUAACCUCUUGACACCUAUUUCUAACAAUAAUGCCUCUAGGUGCCUUUGCACCACUGGGAGGGCCCAAUUCCCUAGAGCAAUAGAAUCUGUCUUAACUAGUACUAUGAGGUUCAUGUUAGUCAGUUGUGGAUACUCUGGGGCUAGCAACUAUAGUUGCAAUUAAGAACAAAAUAUGCAUGACAAUCGUAAUCAUAUUCUAUUGUGUUAUUUCGCAUCAUGGUGUUUGUUUGUGUGUGUUUAAAGUUAAGGAUCUUUUCAUUUGUGCCCGCUAUAUACAUGUGUGUGUUUUCAUACAUAUUAGUGGACACUAUGAUAUUACCAAUAAAGGUCCAUACAUAGUCCUAUACAAUCACAAAUACAAUUAAUUAUGUUGUUUUUAUGUUGUGGAGGGGGAUUCUUAUUUCCUCCUCACUAGCUUUGUUUAUCAUCUUUUGUUAGUGAAAGUUGUUAAAUAAAUGUCCUUUGUUCAAGAAGUGAUCCCAAGUUAUUCA